AUGGAGCAUCUUAAACAAAUAUUUGCCCAAUGCCAUGAGGAAGGCCGUCCAGCGAUGGUCACAUACGUGACGGCCGGAUUCCCUACGGCGGAGGAAACCCCGGACAUCAUGCUGGGCAUGCAGGCCGGAGGAACAGAUAUUAUUGAAUUGGGCCUCCCCUUUACGGAUCCCAUUGCAGACGGUCCGACCAUCCAAAAGUCGAAUUUGAAGGCCCUCGAAAAUGGGGUCACAAUGACCUCGAUGUUGGAGAUGGUUCGGACGGACGCGCGGAGAAAAGGGUUAAAGGCUCCGGUGCUGUUUAUGGGUUACUAUAAUCCUAUACUGCAGUAUGGAGAGUCAAAGCUUUUGGCUGAUUGCGUUGAGGCCGGGGUCAACGGCUUCAUUAUUGUUGAUCUGCCUCCGGAGGAAGCGGUUCGAUUCCGCAAUGGUUGCACGAAGACCGGUCUCUCGUACGUCCCUUUGAUAGCCCCCUCCACUACCGAAGACCGCAUGAAGGUCCUCUGCAAGAUGGCCGAUUCCUUCAUUUAUCUCGUCUCCCGUAUGGGCGUCACCGGCGCCACCGGGACCCUCAAUUCAGACCUUCCCGCUCUCAUCCAGCGCGUCAAAGAGCUCUCUGGCAAUAUCCUAGUGGCCGUCGGGUUUGGAAUCAGCACGCGCGAGCAUUUCCUGAGCGUGACCUCCAUCGCUGACGGCGCUGUAAUCGGCAGUCAGGUGAUUACGAUCCUUGAUAGCGCCCCCGCCGGACAGGCCGCCCGGGCAGUUGAGGACUAUUGCUCGCAGAUCACACAAAGAAAGGUUACCGGUGGGCCCUCUGCCGCGAUGGAAACCAAUGCGGUCGUCGAGCCUGUUGUCGAGGGAGAGGCAGCUCCGGCGACUGACCUAUCAGGGCGGUUCGGUGUCUUCGGUGGUCAAUACGCCCCAGAGGCCCUGACCACCUGUCUGGCCGAACUCGAAGCCGGGUUCGAGGCCGCUCGGAAUGAUCCCACCUUCUGGGAGGAAUACCGAUCGUACUAUCCAUACAUGGGACGUCCCUCCAGCCUUCACCUGGCUCCGCGCCUGUCCGAGCACGCAGGCGGCGCGAAUAUCUGGCUGAAGCGGGAGGACCUCAACCACACAGGAUCCCACAAGAUCAACAACGCCCUGGGCCAGAUUCUAGUUGCCCGUCGGCUGGGAAAGACGGAGAUCAUCGCCGAGACGGGUGCAGGCCAGCACGGGGUUGCGACCGCGACAGUCUGUGCCAAAUUCGGUAUGAAAUGCACUAUUUACAUGGGUGCAGAGGACGUCCGUCGCCAGGCCUUAAAUGUGUUCCGGAUUCGCUUGUUGGGGGCUACGGUUGUCCCAGUCGAAUCGGGAUCGCGUACGCUACGGGAUGCGGUGAAUGAAGCCUUCCGUGCGUGGAUUGCGCGCCUGGAUACGACGCAUUAUAUUAUCGGGUCUGCGAUCGGGCCCCAUCCCUUUCCGACCAUGGUUCGCACGUUCCAAAGUGUGAUUGGUGAGGAGACCAAGGCCCAGCUGCGAACCCUGGGCAAGAGCCCGGAUGCAGUGGUUGCCUGUGUCGGGGGCGGCUCCAACGCUGUCGGCAUGUUCUAUCCAUUCUCUGAGGACGCCUCCGUCCAACUGGUUGGGGUGGAAGCCGCAGGCGAUGGCUUGGACACGGAACGGCAUUCAGCUACCUUGAGUCGAGGCUCUGUCGGAGUUUUGCAUGGCGUUCGGACCUAUGUGCUGCAGAACCAGGAUGGACAGAUCUCCAAUACUCACUCGGUCUCAGCGGGACUGGAUUAUCCCGGUGUGGGACCGGAAUUGGCCCACUGGAAGGAGUGCAACCGGGCGACAUUCCUUUCAGCUACUGAUGCCGAAGCCCUGCAGGGCUUCCGACUUCUGAGCCAGCUGGAAGGUAUCAUUCCCGCGUUGGAGACCUCUCACGCGGUCUGGGGCGCAGUCGAGACAGCGAAGCAGCUGGGACCCGGCAAAGAUCUCGUGUUAUGCUUGAGUGGCCGUGGAGAUAAAGACGUGCAGAGCGUGAUCGAUGAGUUGCCCAAAAUAGGGCCUCAGAUUGGAUGGGAUUUGCGGUUUUAG